AUGUCGACUUUAACAGUACCAAUUGAGAGAAGAGAAGGAUUAUCGGCCAACUUAUCACGUACACGAUCAUCUAGUUUCAUCAGAGCUUUAGCGGAUGUAAAACAUCAAGGUAUCCACUCAGCGACAUUUAAUGGUUCACCAAUAAGUUCAAAUCUCACAAUCCCAGAAAUAAUGGAUUAUCAUACAACGCAAUCACCAGAACACGUGUCACUUAUAACAGCAUCAGGGAAGAGAUUUACACUUAAGGAAAGAGCCUAUGGUGCUUACAAAGGAGUUGAAUAUUUGAAUGAGAAUUUAAAAAACGCGCGAGAAGGCGAUGUUUUAGGUAUUUUAGCUGAAACUGAACCAAUUCUUUAUUCGACAAUGGUUUUAGCUGCUAUGAGAGCAGGCUUGGUGCCAUUCCCAAUCAGCAAUCGCAACUCUCCUGCUGCUAUCGAGCACUUACUUAAGGUCACACAUUGCAAACACCUUAUCUACACCUCCACAAAUGAACAAUUGAAGAACUUAGCUGAAAACGCGUCUAAGAAUGCUCCAGAAGUGCAAUUGACGAACAUGCCAAAAUUAAGUACACUUUACAAUGAAAGUGAACCACCAAAAAUCGCACCUCUUUCCGUCUCACGGAAAGAUCUAAAUGCACCUGCACUCAUUAUACAUUCAUCCGGUUCGACUAGCUACCCAAAGGCUAUAGUUCAAUCAAAUAAAAAUGUCAUGCAUUGGGGUAGAGUACCACUUUAUGGGGGUUCUGAUGUAUGCGAGAAGGUCAUAUUUGCAGGCUGUUUACCUACAUUUCACGCGAUGGGAUGUAUCUUUCAGAUAGCUAUUCCAUUCACUACUGGUCUUAUAGUUGGUUGCUUUGAUGCCCAAUCUCCUCCUGUCUUUCCAACAUCUGAUAAUAUAAUGAAGGGCAUGAAAGCUAUGGGUAAUGUUAAUUUCGUUAUGGCACCUGCAUCUACUUUAAAGGAUUGGAGUAAUGAUUCACAGAGUGUUGAAGUGCUACAAGGGAUGGAUGCGGUUAUGUUUGGAGGUAGUCCUAUGAGUGAAGAUGUUGGAAAUUACCUAGUUAGACAAGGUAUCAACUUAUCAAAUCAAUAUGGUUCUACAGAAUGUGGACAUACAACAUCUUUUUUCACACAUCCAUGCAAGGAUUGGCAAUAUAUAACUUUGUCACCACAUACUAAACCACGUUUUGUAGAAGAGCAAGGUGAAAAGGGCGUAUUCGAAUUGCAAUUUUUAGCCUGCGAUAGUCACAAACCAGCAGCAAGUAACCUGGAUGAUGUUUAUGGCUUUGCAACUAAUGAUUUGGUUGAAAUACACCCUCAUAAUCGUAACCUGGUUAGAGUUAUAGGAAGGAAAGAUGAUCAACUUAUGUUACUCAACGGUGAAAAAACCAAUCCAGGGCCAAUUGAAGCUAUUCUUACAACAGAUCCGAAAGUAAAAAGUGCUGUCAUGUUUGGUAGAGCCAAGCCUGUCAAUGGUGUUAUUAUCGAACCAGCUUCACCUGUGACUAACAAAGAAGCAUUCAUUGAUACUAUAUGGCAUAGCGUAAACCGUGCUAAUCAAUUUGCACCACAACAUAGUCGUAUAUUUAGAAACUAUAUAAUGGUUUCAGAUCCCGACAGGCCAUUUGAAAUGACACCUAAAGGCAGUGUAAAAAGAGUCGCAACUUUGAAAAUGUACGAAAAUGACAUUGAAGAUCUAUACAAACGUGCAGAAGAUGAAUCAACAUCUGAUAAUCACUCACUUACUUUGGAGAAUGCUCAAGAUGUACUCAGGAAUAUUGUUGAAGGAUUAUUAACGAAUGUAAACAGUACAAUGGACCUCUUCAGUCAAGGUUGUGAUAGUCUCCAAGCUACAAUGAUCAGGAACAAGAUCAGAGGUGCUAUGCCUUCUCACUGUAAACACAAGAUUAGUCAAAAUGUCGUAUUCGAACAUCCUCGUUUGAUUGAUCUGAUUAGAUACGUAAAAAGCGUAUUAUCAAAUAAGGAUACAUCACCUUCUUCUUUGAUUGCUUCACAGGAUUUUAAGCGCAUGAUAAAAAAGUACACGACUGGUUUUGCAAAUAUGCCAUCCAAAGAGAUUAAACAAGAUGGUGACGUUUAUCUCGUUACUGGUACUACAGGUAGUCUUGGUAGCUAUAUUCUAAGCGAAUUAGUGAUGUUGGAAAGUUGCACGAAGGUAUACGCAGUGAACAGAAGCCACACAGGUAGGACCUUAUUAGAACGCCAGAAGGAAGCACUCGAGAGUCGAGGCCUCGAUCCGGCUAUAGCUACGAAUUACAAAGUACACUUAGUUGAAGCAGACACGAGCAAGCCACUCGAUAAUUUGGAUAUGCAAAACAGCGUAACACGUAUAAUACACAAUGCAUGGAGAGUUAACUUCAACCUAUCAUUGGAAUCCUUUGAAGGUGAUUUACAGAGUCUUCUCAAUUUGACGAACUUUGCUAUAUUAACAAAGUAUCAUUCAAGGAUCAGCUUUUUGUCUUCGAUCGGAGUACUAGCUAACUGGAAGAAAGAUAGGGAUGUGCCUGAGGAAACAUUGCUCGAUGAGAAUGUAGCACUAGGCUUGGGCUAUGGUGAAUCUAAAUAUGUCGGUGAGAGAAUGUUAACCGCAGCAUCAAAACAAAGUGGCCUUCAGACUACUAUUAUUCGCUCAGGACAAAUAGCAGGAAGUAGAUCCUCUGGUAGCUGGAAUAGUAAUGAAUGGCUACCAAGCAUAAUUAGGAGCGCCGAUUCGCUUAAUUGUCUACCAAAUGGUAACGAUGAUGUAGCAUGGCUACCUGUCGAUAUAGCUGCUCGCGUUGUACUCGAUUUGAGCGCGUCCGAGGGAGUAUUCUCACUGGUGCACCCAAAUCCAACAUCUUGGAAUACAAUAAUGAGCGCAGCUGCAGCGCAUAUUCACGUACCUCUCGUUAGUUAUGACCAAUGGUUGGAAGAACUCAACCAAAUUGAAAGUUCAACAAAAGAAGAGGAUCUUAUCAAUGCUAUGAACAACACGCCAGCAUUGAAAUUGAAACAAUUCUUCAGUAAUUCUACAGUGUCAGACGAGAGAAGAGAUUAUGUUGAGGCAUUAGGUAACCCUCGCCUGUCUACUAAGAGAAGUUGCAAAGUUUCAGAAACAUUGAGGAAUUGCGAGCAGCUUGACGAGGACGACGUUCUCAAAUGGAUAACUUAUUGGAAAUUGUAAUAUGGACUGUAAUAUGAAAUGC